GUCAGUUUAAUUUAUUGUCAAGAUGAGAAUAGAAUGGGUGACAUGGCUGUUAUUGCAGUCGCUACUUUGUGUGCACUGCCAUUUCCAAAGGAUUUGGGGUCAGAAUGGACCGCUCUAUGAGUCUACAAAGCAGCUUAUUGCCAUGCAAAGCUCCCGAGCUGCCAGGAUAUGGAACGACACCCAACAGGCGAUCUACGAGCGAUCCGGGAUUCUUCAGGUGGCCAAGGACAUACUGGAUGACCAGCAGCGAAAGGUGAGUGCCCGGCUGGAGCGAUUCUUCGGCAGUGAGUACAGCGAUGAGUGGCGUGCCUGCUCCAAGAAACACGAGCUCCAGGUGGCCCACUUCAAUCGGGAGCUGGUGGACAAGUACAGCAUCUGCCGGAACUCCCUGGACCACAUCAUGGGCCAUUUCCAGGAGGAAAUCGUGCAUGAAGCCGAUUUCCUAAGCAAGGCUUCGCUGGAGAUCGGUGGAGUAUCGAAAACCUGCCAAACUUGGCAACUGAAGCAGCCAGGACUUAAUCACGCCGGAGUCUUGCUCUGCACUGUGUCCGGAAUUGGGGGAAUCAAUCAGCGGAUGUCCGGCAGUCUGGAGCUAUGCGACGACAUUCUCCUGGAAAUGACGCAGGAGGAUCUGGACACACCAAGUUGCCUUUUCUACCAUCAUCUGAGGAUGGAGUUCGACGAGGUCUUUACUCAGAUUGAGUCGUGUGCCGUGAACUAAGUCCAGAAAAUAUAGUAAAACGCAA